UAAAAGCUUGUAAAAUACAAAUUAUUAGGUAACACUUCUUUGUAAUUAUUAACUUCUUAGCGCCAUAGUCCGGAGAACGGUGAAAUGUUGAAUCUGCACCGAACCCUCAUAGUACCGCUGAAUCCCAUUUCUACCACCCUCAGCCACUUCGCCACUCUUCCACCACCGUCGCAACCACUGCCGCCGUCACAGCUACCACCGGACCCCGUCGUAAUCUCCACCCUCAUACUUCAAUCCAGCCCAGAAUCAUUAUCAGAUACCCUUCACACCCUCACGCAAUGGACACCGGACCUCGUCCAGUCUGUACUAAAGCGUCUGUGGAACCACGGCCCGAAAGCCCUCCAAUUUUUCAACCUCCUCGAUCACCACCGUUCGUAUACUCACUCCACCAUAGCCUUCGAUCACGCCAUUGACAUCGCUGCUCGGAUGCGCGAUUACAAGACUAUGUGGAAACUUGUGGCCCGAAUGCAGUCUCGGCGGCUUGGCCCGAACCCGAAGACAUUCGCUAUCAUCACUGAGAGGUAUGUCUCCGCUGGGAAAGCUGAUAAAGCUGUGAAUGUUUUCCUGUCUAUGCAUAAACAUGGUUGCCCUCAAGAUUUGAGUUCUUUCAAUGCAUUUCUCGACGUGCUUUGCAAAUCAAAACGGGCCGAGAUGGCUCUUAAGUUGUUCAAGAUGUUUAGGAGCAGGUUUAAAGCUGAUACAAUUAGUUAUAAUACACUUGCGAAUGGGUUUUGUUUAGUUAAGAGGACACCCAAAGCACAGGAAAUUUUGAAAGAAAUGGUAGAGAGAGGUCUUAAUCCGACCAUAACUACAUAUAAUAUAAUGCUUAAUGGGUUCUUUAGAGCAGGGCAGAUUAAGGAAGCUUGGGAAUUCUUUUUGCAGAUGAAGAAGAGGAAAUGUGAUAUUGAUGUCGUGACUUACACUACUUUAGUUCACGGGUUUGGUGUUGCGGGUGAGGUUGAGAAGGCUCAAAAGUUGUUCAAUGAGAUGGUGGGGGCUGGUAUACUUCCCUCUAUUGCAACUUAUAAUGCUCUGAUACAAGUUAUGUGUAAGAAAGAUAGUACCGAAAAUGCUAUUUUAGUUUUCAAUGAGAUGUUGAGGAAAGGUUAUUUGCCGAAUGCCACAACUUAUAAUGCCAUUAUAAGGGGAUUGUGCCAUGUCGGAAAAAUGGACAAUGCUAUGGAGUAUAUGGAUAAGAUGAACGAGGAUGGGUGUGAACCAAAUGUUCAGACUUAUAAUGUUGUCAUCCGAUACUAUUGUGAUGAAGGGGAAAUUGAGAAGAGCCUGAGGGUGUUUGAGAGGAUGAGUACCGGGCAUUGUUUACCUAAUUUGGACACAUACAAUAUCUUGAUAAGUGCAAUGUUUGUGAGGAAGAAAUCAGAUGAUCUAUUAGUGGCUGGGAAAUUAUUGACUGAAAUGGUUGACAGAGGGUUUCUUCCUCGAAAAUUUACCUUCAACCGGGUCCUAAAUGGUCUUUUGCUAACUGGUAAUCAAGAUUUUGCAAAGGAGAUUUUGAGGUUGGUAAGCAAAUCUGGCCGCCUCCCCUGUCAUUUUAAAUUGUGAGCACAACAGCAUAGGUAUGAUAUCAAACUUACUGCCCUUUUGAAGCCUAAUGAAACAGUAAAGCUCUAAAUCUGUGAUGGGUUUGUCACGUGCCAUGGACAGGCAUGAUGAACAUGAAGAGUUUGAGAUGAACAUGACUUUAAAAGCAUGCCAUUAUCUUUAUGCAGCAGCUCAUGAGCAUGUUUGUCGUGUCUCGUGAAAUUCAAUAGUGUGGUAAGAUGUGGAUAAGUAUGAUGAAUGUGAAGAAUUUGAGAUGAAAAUCUGUGAUGCUCAGACUCCAAAAAUGUUGCUGUACCGUGGUAGACCCUAACAUGCACAACUUUGGAAAGAUCUAACAUGCACCCGUCAGCAUUUUUAAAGAGUCCGAGCUUCAUAGAUGAAAAUAACUUAAAAAGCACACUGUUAUCCUUAUACAGCAACUCAUGGGCACAGAGACUUGGCAUUGAUAAGGGUUUGUGUUGUUUAGCAGGGUACUCUGACUGUGGCCCAUGACUCGAAGGAGGUGCAUCUCAAAGUGUUCCCAUUUUAACUUGUAUUAGAUAAUUUAUUACUUCUUGGUAUUGAUAUAUCCGCCACAGAGAAAGGACAGUAACAUCCAGUUAAAAUCACAUCCACGUAUACAGGUACCAAAAACCGAGUAAAAGCUAGCACAGCAGAAACCAACAGCAACAGAGGAGAAAGAAGCUGAAAUAGCAUCAGCAGACAAGAAGCCAAUGGCAGGGAAGAAGUUACUAGAGUGCAGCUGGUGCUGACAAGAAGAGGACGACGAAGAAGCCACUGGCUGGGAAAUUAUUGACAGAGAAUUUCGUCCUCGAAGAUUUACCUUCAAUCUCCUAAAUGGCCUCUAUUAACUGGUAAUCAAGAUUUUGCUAAGGAGAAAUUUUGAGACUUUGACUUGCAAAUUGUGCAGAUUGUGGUGCACAAUUUCAUCCAACAAUCUCAAAAGUGUCCCUUUUUGGUUCCACCAGAUAAUUCUCUACUUCUUAUUUAUACAUCAUAUAUUAUUAUAUUAUUAUUAUUAUUUAUUUAUUUAUAUAU